AGGGAUUCGGGGGCGGGGCCAAGAUUAAUUGUUAAUGUGUGACUAAACUAUCUUGCUGAACGUAAACACAACCCUAGAAGAAGACGGGUUGAAGAUCUUCUGGUUUACAUACUUGGUGGACCAGUCUGCCUGCGGGAAUGCUCAAUUCUCAAAGAUCUUUAUCUGAACUACCAAAGAUGUCGGGUCCAAGCCAAGCCGAGAGGGCUGUUUUGGAGGAGGAGUUUAACUGGUUGCUGAAAGAGGAGGUCCAUGCUGUUUUGAAGCAGCUCCAGGAUAUACUGAAGGAGGCAUCCAGGAGGUUCUCCAUUCCCACCCCAGGACUGGAGAACCAACUGAAACAGGAGAACUUCAUCCUGGGCAGCUCAACCAUGGACCAGGUGAAAAGAACAGUACUGACUCUACAGGGAGAAGCUCUGACUCAAGCUGACAUCAAUCUGAAAACUGCUAAAAGCAACCAAGUGAUGCAUUUCACAUUCAGGGAUGAUAAGCACUGGAAAUUACAACAGAUCCAGGAUGCUAGGAACCAUGUGAAUCAGGCUCUGCAGCUGCUGAGUGGUAGAGAUGAGAGUUACCACUUUAAGACUGGGGCUGAGGGUAACAAGCUGAUGGACGCGGUGAUGCUCCAGCUGACCAGGGCUCGUAACCGCCUCACUACUCCGGCAGCCAUGACCCUGCCGGAGCUGGCCACCAGCGGCCUCAUGAAAAUGUUCACUCCUCCAAUGCCAGGCGACGUGAUGGUGAACUUCUAUAUCAACCUGAGUAAGCUGUGUCUGACUGUCUACCAGCUGCACGCAAUGCAGCCCAACACCACCAAGAACUUCAAGCCAUCUGGAAGCUCCGUGUUACACAACCCCGGAGCCAUGUUCGAGCUGAACAAUGCUAAGUUUGAGGUGAGCCAGGUUCACAAGGUGGAGUGUGUUGUCCCCUGGCUCAACAACACCCUGAUCUUCUUCACCAUCUCCCUGCAGCUCUGUCAGCAGCUCAAGGACAAGAUUUCCGUCUUCUCUAGUUUCUGGAACUACCGACCGUUCUAACCUCCUGCAGCUAGCUGACCGUCAGAAUGCCUAGGAGUUCUAACCUCCUGCAGCUAGCUGACCGUCAGAAUGCCUAGGUGUUCUAACCUCCUGCAGCUAGCUGACCGUCAGAAUGCCUAGGUGUUCUAACCUCCUGC